UUGACAGAGCUACCCUCGAAACCGGUGAUCUUUGACGAGUUCGGCAAAGAAAUAACCGAAUCGGCCGGCCCAUUCCACGAAGGGGGCGCCUUUAAGCUUAUUUGCUCGGUGAAUGGGGGGAAUCCUACGCCAAGAUUACAGUGGUUGCAUGGGGAAACUGUAGUUUCUUCACUGAGCGCGGGUGAGAUGCCAGUGGGUAACACCACAUCAUUGACCCUCUUGGUCACAAACGCAACCCGUGCACACUUGUCCGCUGUGUACACAUGUUCAGCGGAUAAUACACUGCUAUCUCCCCCACAACGGGUCUCCGUCCGUGUCGAUCUGUAUUUGCGGCCACUGUCCGUCGAAAUCUUAUCGAGAGAACAACCACUGUCAGUGGGUAGACAAGCCGAGCUUUGGUGCAAUUCAACCGGUGCAAGACCUCCAGCAGCGGUCACUUGGUGGCUAGAUGACAAAAAACUAGAAUCUAUAACUAAACAACAGGAUUUAGAAAAAAGGAACGAGACUCAGUCUGUGUUGAAAUGGACACCUUCAAAGGAACAAAACGGAAAAAUACUUACAUGUAGAGCAGAACAUUCCAAGUUCAAUAGUUCAACGAUUGAGAGCAAUUUGCUGCUUAAUAUUUUUUAUGUCCCGGUUGCUACAAUGCACCUUGGCGCGAAAAUAAACUCGAACGAUAUUGAAGAAGGAGACGAUAUGGACUUCGGAUGCGAAGUUGAUGCUAAUCCCCCUGCUUAUAAAGUUGUGUGGGAACAUAACGGUAUUCUGCUUCAACACAGUCCUGCCAACGGAGUAAUCCUAACUGGCAACACGAACCUUGCACUACGUAAUGUGUCACGACACCAGGCUGGUAACUAUACCUGCACUGCUUCGAACGUCGAAGGAGACGGGAAGUCGCUUCCCGUGCAAAUGCAAGUCGUUUAUAGACCCGUGUGUCGAUCUACAGAUAUGAAAAUAAUAGGUGCAGCUUUACAAGAACCAUCGAAGGUAGAAUGUGAGGUGGAUGCUUUCCCUCCCCCAGAAACGUUUGAGUGGACACUUAAUAAUUCUGAAGGCUCAAUAAAAGUUGACCCCGAACGCUUCAACAUCAAGGGUCCAGCCAGAAAAUCGGUAUUAACUUUUGUUCCUGUAUUUGACACGGAUUACGGAAAGUUGUCAUGUCGUGCAACAAACCUAGCAGGUCAGCAAAUGUUGCCAUGCGUGUACACUAUACUGCCUGCAACUAGACCUGACCCACCGUCUAAUUGCUCAGUAUAUAAUCUAACUGAUGAUUCGCUGGAUUUAACUUGCAUUGCGGAAGCGCAAGAGGCAUGGGAAGUCAACUGGGCUGUCGGUGGUGUUCUUGGCGCUGCAUUUACCGUCGCAUUCAUACUAUGUCUUGCAAUUAUUGCUUCAAGAUUACGACACAGUUCUAGAGACUACGGAGUAACUGUACAAUCAACGAAGAAUCAAAAGAUGACUCUCCAAAAGAGGUGCUCGCCGGACAAUUGUAAUCCGGAUCUCAUUCCGCUCAGUCAAGGUCCAGCGUACAAAACAUUUGUGAUCAGGAAAGGUGCUGAGAGGCUAAGACCAUUUGUUAGCCAUUCAAUGGCCGACUAUUUAUCUCGCAACCAUUGA